AUGUGUGGAUAUUCUUUCUGUAUUUUAUGCCUUCGCGCAUAUCACGGCGUUGAUGAAUGCAAAUUCAAAAGCGUGGACAAGAAGCGUAUCAUCGAGGAGUGGAAUGCAGCUGAUGAGAACGGACGUGUCCAAAUGGCCGAAGCGGUUUGGUGGGCUGAAAAACUUGGAGGACAAAUGGGUGGAUGGAAGCUUGAAACAGGGCGAUUCGCCUUGAUGGUCACGUUUCCCGUUGCUGCAUUUUGGUUUUUCAACCAGCCUUCGUUAUUCAAAGUGUUUAUGAAAGGUUACAAAGUUCCUGACAGUAGAGAGGGUGACGCAGCGAUGGCACAGUUCAAGGAACAGCUUCUCGCCCAGAAACGCAAGGAGGAGUAUGAAUCUUUCCUCAGGCAACAGAUGGCUUUCGAAGAAGCUCGACGUCAGCGAGAGAAACUGAGUGUAGAGCUCAUGUAUCACGGAUCGGCAUCUGAUGAUGACGACGACGAACAUCCAUCUGAAGCGACUAUGCAGUUCAAUGCGAAGAUGACAGCUGAGUUUCGGAAGGCGUUCCCGCUGAGGAGUGAGUCCAACCUUCGUAAACCGACCCCUAUUGCAACGCCCUCUCUAUCGCAAAUAUCUAAACGACUGAAUUUUGAUGACAGUCUGAAUACGAGUUUAGUUACCAAUUCCAACGUCAAAGUCGUAGAACUCAGAGAAGAAGUUGAUUUGCUAAAGAGGCAGCUGUCAAAUGCUGAGAAAGAGAUACAACGUUUGAAGACAUCAGAGAAGAGUGGUAAGCAGCACGCUGAUCAGCUGCAAACGGAAAUUUCGAAUCUGAGAAAGGACCUGAUUAGGCAAGCACACAGUGUAGAAACUGAGAAUCUGAGAACCGAGCUCAAUAAGGCGUUGCAUUCUCGUGAUGAAUAUCAGGAAGCAUGCACUCGAUUUCAUCGCUACUUUCGAUGUGCGAAAGCGAGACUUUUGGUAGCGGAAGACGAACUUCGUCGUCGAGGGCGGCUAACGGAAAACGUGAAAAUGGCGCUUACAUCCGCUUGGACUUCAGCAGAGUACAGUACUGAAGAUAUUCAAGAAAACCUUUGCGAUCUUCUCAGGGAUGCCUCCUCUACGCUGGAAGAACUGGACAAGGAUAGCCAGGAUGAGCGAGAUUAUGUGAAAAACUAUUUGAAAAGCCUCACAAAGAAGAGCUCUACUUUAGGCGAUGAUGAAAACGACGAUUUGAGCACAAAUGACACCGCGAUGAUCUUUGAAGAGCCUGAGGAAGCGGUUAUCCGUGACUCGAUCUCCCCUAUCGUUCCCACAGUUGAAGGUAUAAUUUUCUUACACUCUUACGCCUGCGCUAUCUUUGACGUUUCAGCUGACCAAUCGAUGGUAUCCAAUCUAAGCGAGUCAAUUUUAAAUAGUACACUUGCCAACACCUCCAUUGACUACGAAAAGGAUGAACGAAUUCAACGCUUGGAGCUUGAAAACAGUCGGCUGCAGGAUCGCGUGAGCGUACUAUUUGACCGUGCUCAGAAAUCAAUGCUAAUGGAGGAGCAAAAAAACAACGCUGAACAAAAAUACUGUCUGUUAGGAAAGAAUAUGGAAGAGAUAUUGGCGGAACUACAUUCUUUGCGAUCUGCAUGUGCAAAAAAGUUAUUCGACAUUGAUGCGACUACAUCUCAAGGACGAUCUGCUGAAGUAAUUAAAAGGAUUCAAGACCUUAACGCAAAAGUGGAGUCAUUACAAGAUCAGUUGAGCUGCAGCCGCUCUGACGUUGAAAGCGCCAAAAAGGAGAUAGAGUUACUUGAUAGUGAACGAAAUGCUCUGCUCAAAAAAGUUGAUCAACUGACUGCUCUAACUGAUGAUCUCAAGAGCUCUUUACGUGGGGAAAAGGAAAAGUGCUCACUCCUGACGAGAACAAUGGAGGAAAAAGAAACUGAGUUGUCGAGUCAGCAGAAGGAUCUACUGUCUUUGCGCGACGAAAUGAAAGUGUCCCAGGAGAAACUUGCCGAGACUCAGUCGAAGGUUGCGCAGCUGGAAGCCCAGCUGCGAAGCGCAAAUCGAGCUGAGCCCACUGAUGCUGGAGAUGAAACUCAGAUUAUUCACUUGCGCAACAAUCCAUUCCAAUGUGCUGUAGACGCACAUAGUGAAGCUGAAAGAGAGCGUCUGAAGCGAAAGGCGGAAACAUCCCUUUUUGCUGAUGAGCCAAGCGAAGUAAAACGCGCAAGGGAGGAGCAAAUUAGUGCCCUUGAAGCUCAACUGAGGAAGAGUGAACGCGAAAAGGAGCAGACCAUCCGACUGCAAACAGAUCUUGCCAAGAAAUACAGAGAAAUAACAACAACAUUGACAGGCUACCAGAUCAAAUUAAAGGACGCAGAUGAAGGAAUUUGUUAUGUUAAUAGUGUUUAUGAUGAGACAGAGAAGCAAUUUGUAUUCAAGUUUAAUACCGAAACGGGAAUCGUCGACCUGCUUGAUGUUGGUCAAGAUGUUCUUUCGCAGGGCCGUCUCUGGGAAGAGGAAAUGCAGAAGUAUAUAGGAGAGCGAAACUCCAUACCCGGUUUCCUUGCCGCUGUUACUCUUCAGCUCGAAGCGCGUCGCAAUAUCGAAGACGUUGAACGCAUACACACAAUCAGUGUCCUGCAUGAAGACUAG